AUGCAGGGCAUCGCAAAAAGGCGCAGGAGUGGCAUCAAAGUGGACAAUCGGGACUGGCCGGACUGCGAUGAGGCAGCUGUCUGUAAUUUGAGGCUCUUACGGUGCCCACCGUUUGCGAUAGCUCUAACUGUGCCAUUUGCGGAUGAAGACUUACGUCCAAGGUUCCCAGGUACGUUUUGCUCUUGUCCCUCAACGGCUGCCGUUUUCCUGAAAGUCACAAGCAAAAAGGGUAAAGCAUCGCUCUUUAAGUUCGCAGCGCGGGACAGUAAGCUUGCCUUCGUCAGAGCUCAACUGGACAGACUUGCAAAUGUGUCAUAA